AUGGAAGCGGACACUCCCCCGAUCGCCAGCCUCGACGUCAAGCUGGAUGCCAACAGUGUCCUUGAACCAGAUGAAAAUGACGAUCUUGAUCCGGCCCUAGAGGAGCCUGAGCUGCCCCCGCCGCCUCCGCCACCACCGGCGAAGGCACCGAAGGGGUCCCCACUCGAAUGGCUAUAUUUCCCGACGAGAGGUCUCGCAGGCACAAUCACACUUGACGAGAUUUUGCCGUCCACUGUUCCGAUCACCACCACUGGCGGCUUUGAGACUCUGUGUUCUUAUAAUUGGGUGGACACCAAAGAUCCUACCAUCAUUGUUCCAGGCAAGUGGAUCCGGGUCAACCCGACGGACAUCUACCCGCCUGACCCUGUCUUACCGGUUAGGCUCAAGCGGGAUAUCGGUUACACGUUUUGUGAUCUCAAUCGGGCCAAGGCUCCCCGGCAGCCAUUCAAGGGAUUAUUCACUGCCCUGGCCGUGAUGUCUCCAAAUACAAAGCUUGACGACGUUGACGUGAUCUUGACCCGUGGUGCUUUUCAAACUCUGCACAAGUUCGUCAAGAGUGGAUGCUCAACUGCAUUCAUCCUGCAGAUGAACGUCAUCAACAAAACUCUCAUUCUCACAUACAGAGAGGAAAAGAACAGGCGAGCCAGCAGCAGGAAAAGCCCCAGCUGGGGCCACGCGUUCGAAGAGGGUUUCACUGCAUAUGAUGACGAUCUCAAGGAAAGCCUCGCCCAUCACAGAGCCAUCAAAUAUCAGUUUGGCAACCUCAAAGUUGCAGUUCUUCAUGAGGUAGACGCCUCAUACUCUGCAUCAUUCGGAUCGCCAGGGCCCGCGACAUCUGCUGGAAGGAAGGCAAAGUAUUUGGAAAAGAGGAGCGGGGCCACCAAUCUUGGACAUCUGGUGAAGUCAAAUCAAGAUGUGGCAGUAAGACUUUUUGGGACUGGCACAGCAGCCGAGAACGUUGCGGAGAUGAAAGCGACGCAGAAGCCUUUGGCGUUGACUGGUGUCCCCAACGAGGCAAAGACCCAGUGUUGGUUUGGUAGGACCGGGACUCUCGUAUUUGGCAUACAUGAGAACGGCAUCUUCAAAAAACAUUCCGUCAAGCAGUUCGAGUUUGAGCCCUGGUGUCAGAACGCACAGGAACCCUUGCAGAAAGUCGUCUCCCUUUUCGAAAAGCUCCGCGAGCAGGCCCGCCGCAUCGGCAACUGCGGCGUAGCGAUUCUCAACCCCAAAAGCUCCAGAACGCGACUGGAAAUUUGGACGCCUAUUCGAGCAAUUGUCUUCAAUCCAGUUUCACACGACAGUUUUCACAGGCAUUGGACUUUCCAAAACGAUUCCACAAAUUAUGGUUUUGCGCAACCUAAGGACCGUCGGAGAAAACAGGAAUUGAGGGGGCCGCAAGGCAUAAUUCGCUAA